CAAAUUCACCAGUACAACCCAGUACAGCCCACUGGAGACCAGUAUAACUCAGUACUUCCCCCGAGGAACCAAAACCAGGAUCCCCCCAGGACAGGGCAGGAUGUACGCCCCACUGCUGGUGACACUGGUGACACUGGUGACAGUGCCCACGGGCGUCUCUCCCUACGGCUUCCGCAACUGCAUCCAGGCUCCGUGGGACCCGGGGCUGUUCCGCUGCGUCCAGCGCUUCCUGACCACCGUGGGGGCUGCCGUGGGUGACCUCCCCCCCAACACCACCUCCCUCAACCUCUCGGUCAACACCCUGCACCAGGUGCCCCCUGAUGCCUUUGCCCACCUCCCGCGGCUCCGCACCCUCGACCUGACCCACAACCGGCUGGAGUUGCUAGCCCGGGGGGCUUUCCGGGGGCUGCUGGCACUGGCCCAGCUGGACCUGGCCCACAACCACCUGUCAGUGCUGCCCACGGGGGUCUUCACCGGGCUGGGCAACCUGAGCACGCUGCGGCUGGACCACAACCCGCUGCUCGCUGUGGCCCCGGGGGCCCUGCGGGCGCUGCCCAUACUGGCCACACUGCGGUUGCGGGGGGGCCGGUUGAGUGCCCUGGGCCCCGUGGCCAUGGCCGUGGGGCACCUUCCCCGCCUGGAUCUGCUCGACCUGUGUGGCAACACCCUGUCAGCACUGGCACCAGGGCUGCCACCUACACUGAGGGUCCUGCUGCUCUGCAACAACUCCCUGGGGACUCUGUCAGGGGCGGCCCCAGAGGUGCUGCCCGAGGGGCUGCGGGUGCUCGACCUGUCCUACAACAACAUCUCGGACCCAGCACCCCUCGGCCGGCUGCGCCUGCACAACCUGACACGGCUGCACCUGGCUGGGAACCCACUGGACGUGACACGGCUGCUGAGGGUGGUACCCCCGCGCUGCGUGGACGUGUCAGGCCUGCAGGUGGGCGCGGGGGGCUUGACCGAGCUGUGCCAGCACCUUGUGGGGCCGUGGCUGCAGCGGCUGCAGCUGCGGCACACGGGGCUGGCAGCAAUGCCUGCCAAUGCACUGGCUGACUGCCCAGUGCUGGGUGCCCUGGACAUAUCUGGCAACCGGCUGCAGAGUUUGGGCUGCGUGGAGCAGCUGCUGGGCCUGGCACAGCGCGCGGCGCUGGGUGAGCUGGUGGCCGAGCACAACCUGCUGCGGUGGCUGCCGUCGUGCCACAGGGCCCCAGUGCUGCGGCGGCUCCACAACGUGUCCCUGCGCUUCAACCGCAUCCUGGUGGUCGGUCCCCGUGCCUUCGCCAACACUCCGGCACUGCGGCGGCUGCGGCUGGAUGUGAACGGGCUGGCGCGGCUGGACCGUGCGGCGCUGUGGGGACUCCACGACCUGCGGCACCUGCGACUCGACAACAACCUGCUCACCGACCUCCUGCCUGGCUCCUUUGCCGACCUGCACCGGCUGCGUGAUCUCAACCUGCGCAACAACCGCGUGGCUGUGCUCUUCCCCGGUGCCUUCAGGGGGCUCAACCGCCUGCAGACCCUUGACCUGGGUGGCAACAACCUGCGACACUUGGCGGCCGCUGCGCUCCAGGGGCUACCCCAGCUGUGCCGGCUCUACCUGGACCGCAACCGGCUGCUGGAGGUGAGCGAGGCGGCGUUCCGGCCAGUGCAGACCACGCUGGGCGUGCUGGACCUGCGUGCCAACGCGCUGCGCUACCUGAGCCGGCGCCCGCGGCAGCCGCCACCCUUCCGCCACCUGCACCGGCUCUAUGACCUGAAGCUGCAGGCACAGCAGCCGUACGGGCUGCGCGUGGUCCCACAUCACUUCUUCCAGGGCUUGGGUGCCCUGCGCUCACUGUACCUGUCACAGAACGCACUCUCGGCUGUGCCUGCCGACGCCUUCGAUGACCUGGCGCAGCUACAGUACCUGACGCUGGCCGACGGCAGUGGUGGGAUGGGUGCCCUGCCUGCUGGCAUCUUCAAGAACCUGAGCCGCCUGCGCAGUCUGGACCUGGAGAGCGCAGGGCUGCGUGGGCUCGGCCCCGAGGUCUUUGGCAAUCUGACGCAACUGGAGGAGCUGCGCCUGGCCAAGAACGAGCUGCGUGGGCUGGACACGGCGCUUACCACACGCCUGCCCGCCCUGCGCUACCUAGACCUGCGCAAGUGCCCGCUGAGCUGCAGCUGCGCCAACGUCUGGCUGCCGGCCUGGCUGGCACAGGGACCUGUGCAGGUGGUCUACCUGUACAACUACACCUGUGGCGAGGCGGGCGGGGCCCCAGCAUACCUGCACAGCUUUGACACACGUGUGUGCUACCUGGACAUGGGGCGAUACCUGUUUGCAGGGACAGCACCGGCCGUGCUGCUGCUGCUGGCGCUGCCACUGCUGCACCACCGCGGGUACUGGCGGCUGCGCUACCACCUGUACCUGCUGCGGGCGUGGGCGCGUGGGCGCUGGCGGCGGGAGCGGCGCCGCUACGCCUAUGACACCUUCGUGUCCUACAACUCCGCGGAUGAGCGCUGGGUGCUGGAGGAGCUGGUGCCCGAGCUUGAGCACGGGGCCCUGCGGCUCUGCCUCCACCACCGCGACUUCCGCCCCGGCCGCGCCAUUGUGGACAACAUCGUGGAUGCCGUGUACAACAGCCGGCGCACGGUGUGCGUGGUGAGCCGCGGGUACUUGCGCAGUGAGUGGUGCUCGCUGGAGAUCCAGCUCGCCAGCUACCGCCUCUUCGACGAGCUGCGUGAUGUCCUUGUGCUCGUCUUCCUCGAGGACAUCCCUGAGGCUGAGCUCUCAGCCUUCCACCGCAUGCGCCGUGUGCUGCUGCGCCGCACCCACCUGCGCUGGCCCAGUGAGCCUCUCGCCCGGCCUCUCUUCUGGGCCAAGCUCAGGGGUGCCCUGAGUGGUGGGGAUGAGGAGGAGGAGGACAGGGAGAGGGAGAGAGGCACAACGGGGAUCCCCAGGGAGGUUCCCCCUCAGAACAGCAGCUUUCUGCCCCCAGUUCUCUCUGGGGAAUGUGCCCUGAGCAGUGAGGAGAAAGAGGAUGAGGAGGGGGUGGUCAGGGACGAAGGCUGUCCUGACAUGACUGGGAUCCCUGGGGAGAAUCCCCCUCAGAAAAACAGUUUUGUGCCCCAAAAUCACUGGGUUUCCUCUGGGGAAUGUGCCCUGGGCAGUGAGGAGGAGGAGGACAUGGAGAGAGGGGAGAAAGAGGAAGGAUGUCCUGGCAUGAACAGGACCCCCAGGGAGGCUCCCCCUCAGAAAAGCAAUUUUCUGCCCCCAGCUCACUGUUUUUUCUCUGGGGAAUGUGCCCUACACAGGAAGGAUGAUGGCAAGGAGGGGGAGUGGGAGGAGGAGGCGGAAAGCUCCAAGGUAAGAGAGCAGCUGCCCUAGAGUAGCCUCACCCUGGUGCAACCAUGACCCCCAGGGACAUUCCCCAUUAAAAAAAAUGACUUUUCGCCCCCAAAUCCCUGUUUUUCCAGUGGGAAAUGUACCCUGUGCAGUGGGGACAAUGGUGAGGAGGAGGAGGAGAGGGAGGCAAGCUGGACAUCAAUGCCCCCAACCCCAGCAGCUCCAGAGACCCUGGAGAAUGGUCCUUCCCGGAGCCUCUGGCAGAAAGUACCUUGGGAGACUCGAGGAUGAUCUCUAGCAUUCUGGAGUUUGGGGAUACAAAGGAUCCAAGGCCUGUUACACCCCCUCUGGAAGAAGAGAUCCUGGCAGCUUCUGAAGGGGUUCGAGCUGCUUCAGAAGUGAUUGGCACUGAAGCACAGCUCUUCCUGGCACCCCGACUGCCAGUGCUGGGCUGGAUGUUGAAAGGGAAAGUCCCUUCCACCCAUCAUGCCAAUGAUGCCACGUGGAGUCAGUGUAUGGCUCUGAUCACACAGCAAGAUCACACAGAAAUCCCAGUUACUCAGGGAUCUUGGAAGUUGUCACAAACUGGCUUGAAGGUGAAAAUUUCAGACUAUCAUCAUCAGAGGAGGAGGAGCCACAUGCUGAGGAGGCCCCACCAUAUUAUCAGCUCCCAGAAAAUGAAAAGCGGCACGCUCUCUUCACUGACGGUUCCUGACAUGUUGUAGGGACAACAGGUGGAUUGAGAUGCUAAGAUUAAAGUGUCUCGGGUGGAUCUGGACUGGCAACACUAGAAUGAAUUAUUUCUGGCUCAGUGGGCCCAGGACGCCUCAGGUCAUCAGGAAGAGAUGGAACAUUGGCUCAUGAUGGAGGGGUGGAUUUAACCAUAGACACCAUGUCCUGGGUUAUUCAUGACUGUGAAACGUGCUGAGAACAAGAAGGACAAGCAGGUGAAGUCUCUGUGGGAUGGGGGAUGAUGGUGGAAAUACAGAUAUGGGGAGGCCUGGCAGAUGGAUCACAUCAUACCCUGUGUUUACAAUGGUGGGAACAAGCCCUGGACAGCUGGACACACACCCUGUGCUCACACCACUGCCUGGAAGAAGGUCCUGGGCCUGGAAAAGCGAGUCCUGUAGGAACAUGGCCCCUAGAAAGAAUUGAGAAUUUCAAAAACAGCCUCAUGGACCCCUGGGCCAGACAGCUCAGGAUGGAGUGGGUGUAUCAUAUUCCCCAUCAUGCACCAGCCACUGGGAAAGUUGAAUAGAACAAUGCACCAUUCAAAACCACCUUGAAAGCAUUGGGUGGUAGGACCUUGAAACAUUGGGAUCUCCAUUUAGCCAAGGCUACCUGAUCAGUUCACACCCGAGGCUCCACCAACUGAGCUGGCCCUGCCCAUCAGAACCUCCCUGUACCAUCGGAGGGGAUAAAGUCCCCAUGGUGCACGUGAGGAACAUGUGAGGGAAGACAGUUUGGAUCAGUCCUGCCUCAAACAAAGGCAAACUCAACUGUGGGAUUGUUUUUGCUCAAGGAUCUGGGGGCACUUGCUGGGUGACGCAGAGGGACAGGGAAACACGGUGUGUACCUCAAGGGGAUUUGGUUUGGGGUGAGAACAGUCUGAGAUGUUCAAUUGUAUAAUACUGGUUGCUGAAUGACACUGCCACUGGAUCCCAGAACUCCCAUGGACAAUGAGGAUGGACUGCUCCAGAUACACCAGUCGUGAGCUCCCGAUGCAGCUUGAAACCAGCCCACAGCACCCCAGCUCUGCCCUGGGAGACAUCCAGGGUGGAUAGAACCCACAGUCAUGGACUAAAUGAACUCAACAGACACCUCGGAGGGACAGCAUUAACUGGGGAAGUGAUUCCUGUGCUUGUGUGUGUGUAUAUAUAUAUAUAUAUAUAUAUAUCACUCGCCUCUCUCGUACUCUCUGUUAUUAAUAUUGUUGCUGUUGCUGUUCCUUUUCUCAUCUUGCAGUUUCCAGUAAACAGUUCUUAUCUCAACCUGUGAUCUUCACCUUUUGUGCUUCCAAUUCUCCUCUCCAGUGUG